GCCGGGGCGAGCAAGGUCUGAGGCUCCGCUCCCCGAAACGUGACCAUGUGGAUUCAACAGCUUUUAGGACUCAGUUCCAUGUGCGUCCGCUGGCCGGGCCGCUCCCGAGGAGGCCGUGCUUGGAUACUCAUAGCCGUGUUCCAGCUCGCCAUGGAUCUGCCCUCCUGUGCGGCCCUGGGCCCGGGCCCCGACUUCCGGCUCCUGCCCCGGCCGCCGCAGCGGCCGCCACGGCUGUGGAGUUUGAAGAGCGGACAGGCGGCACGCCUCUCCGUGCCCGUGUGGAGCCCGCGCCCGGCCCGCGUGGAGCGCAGCCACGGGCAGGUGCCGAGUCCACGCGCCAAACGGGCACACAGACCCAGGGACCAGGUGGCCGCCCUGGUGCCCAGAGGGGGACUCGCCAAGCCCCCAGCCGCUGCCAAAUCCAGCCCUUCCCUGGGCUCCUCCUCCUCGUCCCCGUCCCCCGCGGCGGGUAGCGGGGCCACCACGGACCCGCAGGCCCUCCUGCGGAGGGAGAAGAGGCACCUGCAGGGGGCCGGCUUCAGCGGUUUUGAUUUCCGGGGCAGCAGGCCCACCACGGAGACGGAGUUCAUCGCCUGGGGGCCCACGGGGGAGGAGGAGGCCCCGGAAUCCAACACAUUCCCAGGGCUUUACGGCCCCACCACGGCCUCCAUCUCACAGACACGGAAGACAACGGUGGCCACCGCCACCACCACCACCACAGCCACCACGGCCACCUCCACCACACUGCAGACUAAGGGGGUCACGGAACCCCUGGGCCCCAGGAAUAGGAUCCCGGUUGGGGUUAGCACAACAGAGCCUUCCACCAGUCCCAGCAAAGACGACGGCGAAGACGGCAAGCCCCCGCGGAUCCUGGGGGAGACCUCAGGUCUGGCUGUCCAUCAGAUUAUCACCAUCACUGUCUCCCUCAUCAUGGUCAUAGCUGCUCUGAUUACAACUCUUGUCUUAAAAAACUGCUGCGCCCAAAGCGGGAGCACACGUCGGAACAGCCGCCAGCGGAAGGUCAACCAGCAGGAGGAGAGCUGCCAGAACCUGACGGACUUCACCCCCGCCCGGGUGCCCAGCAGCCUGGACAUAUUCACGGCCUAUAAUGAGACCCUGCAGUGCUCCCACGAGUGUGUCCGGGCGUCCGUGCCCAUGUACACCGACGAGACGCUACACCCGACAGCUGAGUACAAAUCCACGUUUAACGGGAACCGACCCUCCUCCUCUGAUCGGCACCUUAUUCCUGUGGCCUUUGUGUCUGAGAAAUGGUUUGAAAUCUCCUGCUGACUGGCGGAAGUCUUGUUUACCUCCUGGGGGCAGGGCAGACGCCACGUGUCUGUAUUAUGGAUUCCGUUGGUGAACCUGUAAAAAAAUAAUUUAAAAAA